UUGUCAAAUUCAAUUCGAUUUGUUUUGUGUGUACGUAUGUUGGAAAUGAUUUUAUUGUUAUUAAAUUAUUAAACAAAUAUCGAAGAUGGGUAACGCUGAUACAAAAUUAAAUUUUAGAAAGGCUGUAGUUCAGCUAACAUCUAAAACACAGCCAAUCGAUGCCACCGAUGAUAGUUUCUGGGAUCAGUUCUGGUCAGAAAGUGUAACAAACAUACAAGAUGUGUUCACAUUGGUUCCUGGUGCUGAAAUACGCGCGCUGAGAGAAGAAUCGCCAAACAAUCUGGCCACUCUUGUAUACAAGGCCGUUGAAAAAAUGGUGAAAAAUGUAGACAAUAGCUGUAGAACACAGCGGGAACAACAAAACGCAUUGAAUUGUGCUCGAUUAUUGACCCGUGUGCUGCCAUACAUGCUGGAGGAGCCGGAAUGGCACAGCUUCUUCUGGUCUUCCCUGCCUGCUGCUGGUGAAAAUGAAUCUGUGCCUCUCGCACAGUCUCUUAUCAAUGCCAUCUGUGAUCUUCUGUUUUGUCCAGACUUCACAGUGACCAGCACAAAGAGAUCCGGUCCUGAGCGUGCAGAGGAGCUUUCUUCGCUGGACAGCUGCGAGUACAUCUGGGCCGGCGGGGUGGGGUUCGCGCGCAGCCCGGCGCGCAGCACGCAGCAGGAGGCGGCGCGCGCGGAGCUGCUGCGGCUGCUGCUCACCUGCUGCAGCGAGACCGUCUACCGGCCGGCGCACCUCGCUGCAGCACAUCAUAAUAAAUGGAUCGCAUAUUUAACGAGUUCAGAGAACAGACACGCGUUGCCUCUGUUCACCUCUUUACUAAACACGGUGUGCUCAUACGACCCGGUCGGCAUCGGCCUGCCGUACAACCACUUACUCUUUGCCGACACGCUGGAGCCGCUGGUGGAGGUGGCGUUACAAGUUCUCAUCGUGACGUUAGACCAUGACACAAAUAACGUCAUUAAUGGAGAUUCAGAGGAAAGUCUCCCAGACAACUUAUUUAUCAACUACUUAUCCCGCAUCCAUCGAGACGAGGACUUUCAGUUCGUGCUGCGCGGCGUCACGCGGCUGCUGAACAACCCUCUGGCGCAGACGUACCUCCCCAACUCCUCGAAAAAGGUGGCACUGCACCAGGAGCUGCUUGUGCUGUUCUGGAAGAUGUGCGACUUUAAUAAGAAAUUCAUGUACUACGUGUUGAAGAGCAGCGAUGUGUUGGAAGUGUUGGUGCCUAUCUUGUAUCACCUUAACGACUCUCGCGCAGAUCAAUCGCGCGUGGGGCUGAUGCACAUCGGGGUGUUCAUCCUGCUGCUGCUGUCGGGGGAGCGCAACUUCGGCGUGCGCCUCAACAAGCCCUACGCGGCCGCCGUGCCCAUGGACAUCGCCGUCUUCACCGGCACGCACGCCGACCUGCUGGUGCUGGUCUUCCACAAGAUCGUCACCACCGGCCACCAGCGCCUGCAGCCGCUCUUCGACUGCCUCCUCACUAUUCUCGUUAAUGUGUCGCCCUACCUGAAGACGCUGUCGAUGGUGUCCUCGACGAAGCUGCUGCACCUGCUGGAGGCGUUCAGCACGCCCUGGUUCCUGUUCUCGCAGCCGCAUCAUCACCACCUCGUCUUCUUCCUCCUCGAGAUGUUCAACAACAUGAUACAGUAUCAAUUUGAUGGCAACUCGAACCUGGUGUACACGAUAAUCCGCAAGCGCGGCGUGUUCCACGCGCUCGCCAACCUGCCGCACGAGCACCACGCCAUCGCGCGCUCGCUGGCCGCCGCGCGCCCCGCCAAGCCGCUGCACAGGAGUCGCAGCGCGGAGUCGGUGAAGGAGGCUGCGAUGGAGGGCUCCCGGCCCGCGCAGCCCGCAGAGCCCGGCACGCUCAACGCCACGCUGCCCGACACGCCCGCAAUAACAUCGAUGACGGAACGCGAGUCUGCCCACCCCAAGGACCAGCUGUUGCCUACACGCAGCGGAGGAGACGGACAGGACCAAGAGCGGGACCACGACCAGGACCACGACCAAGAAAACCAGGAUCAGGACCAAGAGGACCACAGGACCGCAACAGGACGCAAGACCAGUGACGCUAGUAGAGAAAAUAACAAUGACAAUGUAUCGCAGCGCGGCGGCUGGCAGGCGACGGGCGAGUGGGUGUCGAGCUGGCGCGGGCGGCUGCCGCUGCAGACCAUCAUGCGGCUGCUGCAGGUCCUCGUGCCGCAGGUCGAGAAGAUUUGCAUCGACAAGGGUCUGACGGACGAGUCCGAGAUCCUGCGGUUCCUGCAGCACGGCACGCUGGUGGGGCUGCUGCCGGUGCCGCACCCCAUCCUCAUCCGCAAGUACCAGGCCAACGCCGGCACCGCCGCCUGGUUCCGCACCUACAUGUGGGGCGUCAUCUACAUCAGAAAUGUAGAUCCACCGAUCUGGUACGACACAGAUGUGAAACUAUUCGAGAUACAACGCGUGUGAGUGCGGGCGGCGAGCCUAGUCUUACACAAACUGACCCGCAUUUGUUAUCUUACAUUUUAGUAACAACACUGAUGCGUUUUAAUCUUAAAUCUAUCUUUAAUUUUCAAUGCUAUUGUAAGCUAGUUUUAUGUUUUAGCGGAAUUAGAUAGUUAAAAGUACAUAAAUAAAAUAUAAUAUAAUAUUUAAUUACAUUUUAUACGAAAAUAUAGCAAAAAUUAGGUAAAUUUCAUCUCAUUUUUAAUUAUUACUCCCAAAAAACGAAUAAUAAUCAAAUAAAACUUUAUUAUU